AUGUCCUCGGCUAUGCAACAGCGCAAGGCCGAGAUCCUUGCCAAGAGAGCCAAACUCGCCGAACUGAAGCGGCAGAGAGAGCUGCGGCAGAAGGAAUUCUCGCAAACCCGAGCUAACACCGGCGAUGCUUCUGAGGUCGUCUCCCCUGCCCCCAGCCGCGCAGAUAGUCGAGCUGAGCUCGAUGAUCUUAUCUCACGUUUAGUUGACCGCCCGGGGUCGGCUUCCAUCAGCCACGGAGCCGAUGGCCUGUCACGGAAAGGAAGUAGGCCUAACUCGGUGCUGAGUGCUAGCCAGCUCAGUGGCGACAACACGGAAGCGUUCAGUCCAACUACGCGACCACUCUCACAGUCAAUUGCUGUUCAAACGCCCGCCCCUGAGCCCAAACCCGAAGUUGUCACAUACAGUAAAGGAGUCCAGACAGAGGAGUUGAAACCGUCCGGCACCACAGAGUCAGAUGAUGAAGAAAACAAUGGCAGCAAAAGAGAUAGCGAACGCGACGAAGAGAUCCGGAGGAAGCUCCGAAAAGAGAUCGAGGAGGAGCUGCAGGCCACUCAGCAGCACGCUGACAAUGAAGCCAGCGCCGAGGCCUCAAAUAUGCGUUACCCGCUCCGUACAUUAGAUGAUGACGAAUUAAAGGCUGUCACGUCCUCCGAGGACUUUCUGGAUUUCGUUGAGCGAUCAGCUAAAGUCAUUGAGCGGGCACUGGACGAGGAAUACGACGUGCUAGCAGACUACGAGCUUGGAGGCGUGGAUGGUGAACUAGAAGACGACGAUGAACAUGGACGGAAACGGCGCGGGAUUAGGGAGGUCUGCCAGUUCUGGGACGAGCGAUGGAGCAAGAAGCGAAUGAUCAGUGAUCUAAGCUUUUCGCCAAAGUUCCCCGAACUUGUUCUGGCUGCAUACACCAAGAACCCUUCUGCCCCUCAUGAGCCCGAUGGUCUCGUCCAGAUCUGGAACCAACACCUUCACUCCCGACCGGAGUAUGUCUUUCAUUCUACCUCCGACAUUUUAGCCGCCAAAUUCUCUCCAUUCCACCCUAAUCUCAUUGUUGGCGGUUCGUACUCAGGGCAGGUACUGCUUUGGGAUACUCGGUCGUCGCGCGCAGGCGGUGGCGCCCCCGUCCAGAAGACGCCGUUGACUGGCUCUGGGCAUACGCACCCGGUCUACAGUAUUUCCAUCAUUGGAACACAGAAUGCCCAUAACAUUUUGACCGCAUCAACAGAUGGCGUGGUCUGCGGUUGGACGGUCGACAUGCUUUCUCAGCCUCAAGAAUACCUCGAGCUAUCUACCCCCCCGCCCUCGAAAACAGAAGAUCUUGCACCCACGACGAUGUCAUUUCCGCAGUCCGACCCCACGUUUUUCAUCGUUGGUACUGAGGAAGGAGGAAUUUACCCAUGCCACCGUUACGAUAGAGCCGGGGCCAAGGCUGGUACCGACCAUCGCCUUGUGUAUCGCGGUCAUAAAGCCCCAAUCAUGUCUACUGCAUUCCAUCCGGCUCGCGGUCCAGUUGAUCUGGGCGAUCUCAUGCUUAGCUCUAGUCUGGAUUGGAGCGUGAGACUCUGGCGCAUCCCCACAACUCAGGUUGUGGAGCCUAUUCUUGACAUUAAUCGUGAGGACGUCGUGUACGAUGCACGAUGGUCCCCUCACCGCCCCGGUGUCUUCUCUCUCGUCGACGGUGCUGGAAACCUCGAAGUCUGGGAUCUCUACACAGACACCGAAGUCCCCGUCGUGAAGACGACACCGUCCAAGGGCCGUGGAGGUAUAUUAACGAGGAGUCUCAACAAGGUAGCCUGGGAAGAGCGCGAGGGCAGGCGCAUUGCAACGGGUGGGCUUGAUGGUGUCGUUACUGUCUUUGAAGUCGGAAAGGGUCUCAGCGGUACUCCAGAAGACGUUCCUGCCGAUGAAUGGGCGGGCAUGAAGAAACUCGUUGCCUGUCUUGGCGAAAAGGGAUGA